UUCAAACUCUUUCAUGCUAAUUUUUUCCUUUUAGGUUAGACGAUGUGCCACUGAGAGGCUUAAAGUUUCUGUCCCAGUCCACUGACUCUCUCCAUCAAGGGACCAAAGUCAAUGCCUCGACUGAGUCACUCACUGAUGAAGGUACUGAGAUGAUGGACAGUCAGCUGAUGGGAGAGUUUGAGUUUGACGUUAAAGAUCUGGAAGCUGAUUCUUGGAGCGGCACGGUGGAUAAGAAGUUCUUGAAAGCACUGAAGAAAGAUGAAAUCAAGAGACAAGACGUCAUCUAUGAGUUGUACCAGACAGAGUUCCACCAUGUGAGGACACUGAAGAUCAUGUCUGAAGUAUACUAUAAAGGCCUGCAGAAGGAGCUGCAGCUUGACACUCACACUCUGGACAAGAUUUUCCCUGUUUUGGACAAUCUGUUGGACAUGCACACACAUUUCCUCACCCUGCUCCUGGAAAGAAAAAGAGCUUCAUCAGCUGAGGGACAAAACAAUAACAGCUUCCUCAUCUGUAGCAUCGGGGAUGUCCUUGUCAACAAGUUGAGUUUGAGGAAGUUGGCAUGCAUCCAUGAUGGUGGUUUUGGAUUUAGUGGAGAUGUAGAGCUGGACGUCAUCAGCAUAACAGUGGAAGCGGAGACCAUGACGGCGUAUGAGGUUACCAAUGGGGAGAAUGUACAGGAUGAACAGGAGGGGGCCAAGCACUGA